CAGGGAGAUCCUGGACUCCCGAGGGAACCCCACGGUGGAAGUGGACCUGUGCACGGAGAAAGGUCUGUUUCGGGCAGCGGUGCCCAGCGGCGCGUCGACCGGCAUCUACGAGGCGCUGGAGCUCCGAGACGGAGACAAGAGCCGCUACAAGGGCAAAGGUCGGCACGUGUUCUUAAAUUCCUCGCGUCUCCGAAGUCCAUGUCCGGCAACGUGUGUGGCGGAAACUGGCUGCUCUUGAAGAUGCCAGCCCAUAAAGCGUGUUUUCGGAUGUAUAAAAUGUGUAUCCAAACCCCAACACCUGUUUCAUGAGCCUCUGAGCUCCGGCCAAGCCUCAACCAAUCGCAGCAGGGCUGGCAAGGGAGGAGGCUGCCAAAUAGCAGGGCUUCGGCCAAGAGGAGAAGAAUGCAGAUUCACCCCAAACGCAACUUGUGAUUUAUGGAGUGUUUUGUUCAAAGAAGCUUCCCAUGGUGCCCCGCUGGCACCCGUAUUUCUCUGGUUUCUUGUAUUUUUAGAAAAAGCUGAGUGCUACGUUGAAUGAGGCAGUGGUUUAGUCCUAGCGCUGAUCCCAGCAGGGGGUGGUUCCACGGCUACAACCCCCAUGAUGCCUCACCUCAGUUGGAAUGAUCUUUUCUUCUGUGUGCCCUUCAGGUGUUCUGAAGGCUGUGGGACACAUCAAUGACACGCUGGGUCCUGCACUCGUAGCCUCAGGCGUCGGCGUGGUGGAACAGGAGCAGCUGGACAACAUGAUGAUCGAGAUGGACGGCACAGAAAACAAAUCUCAGUUCGGGGCCAAUGCCAUCCUGGGCGUGUCUCUGGCCAUCUGCAAGGCUGGCGCCGCUGAGAAGGACGUCCCCCUGUAUCGCCACAUAGCCGACCUGGCGGGAAACACCGAGCUGGUGCUGCCGGUUCCAGCCUUCAACGUGAUCAACGGAGGUUCCCACGCUGGGAACAAACUAGCCAUGCAGGAGUUCAUGGUCCUCCCCGUCGGCGCCGAGUCCUUCAAGGAGGCGUUGAGGAUAGGCUGCGAGCUCUACCACACGCUGAAGGGUGUGAUCCAGGAGAAGUACGGCCAGGACGCCACCAACGUGGGCGACGAGGGGGGGUUCGCCCCAAAUAUCCUGGAGAACAGCGAGGCUCUGGACCUUCUGCAGACGGCCAUCGAGAAGGCGGGCUUCAGUGACAAAGUGGUGGUCGGCAUGGACGUGGCCGCCUCCGAGUUCUACCGCGAGGGCAAGUACGACCUGGACUUCAAGUCCCCGCCGGACGUGGAGCGACACAUCAGCGCUGAGGAGCUGGCUGACAUCUACCAGGGCUUCGUGAACAACUACCCAGUGGUGUCCAUUGAGGACCCCUUUGACCAGGACGACUGGGAGGCCUGGUCCCGUCUGACGGCCCGAGUGGGCAUCCAGGUGGUCGGCGACGACCUGACGGUGACCAACCCCAAGAGGAUAGAGAAAGCGGCCGAGGAACGCGCCUGCAACUGCCUGCUGCUCAAGGUCAACCAGAUCGGCUCCGUCACCGAGGCCAUACAAGCGUGUAAGCUGGCUCAGGCCAACGGCUGGGGUGUCAUGGUCAGCCACCGCUCGGGAGAGACGGAGGACACCUUCAUCGCCGACCUGGUGGUGGGGCUGUGCACUGGCCAGAUCAAGACUGGCGCCCCCUGCAGGUCUGAGAGGCUGGCCAAGUACAACCAGCUCAUGAGGAUCGAGGAGGAGCUGGGAGACCAGGCCCGCUUUGCAGGACACAACUUUAGGAACCCCAGCGCCCUGUGAAAGGGACGCGCACACACACACACACACACACGCAGACGGAGCCAUGUACGAAUGAGAAAAUCACAUGCAAAAAAAAUCAAUAGGAAUAUGCACUGGACUCAUGACCUGUAUGCACACACACACACACACACACACACACACGCACGCAGGUUGAGUUGAAAAGCCAGACAUGCACUGUUAUUAGCUCAUUUGAAAAAGAGGCUUCUUAAAAGACGUGGACAAGACAAGGAAGCCAACAUGCACACUCUUGCUCUUCCUCCUCCUCCUCAGUUUCUCCUUGUCUUUGUCGUGACUCAAACACUUCGUUCUUUGCUUUGUGCUGAAUGUCCAAGAAGAGAUUUGAAAGAAUACAAAAAAGAAAGUGUAUCAAUGAAAAUGUGUGAAAUAAAGAGUUUGCAAUUUCA